GGGCUCUUUUGGUUUUUUUGGGCUCAAAAGCAAAGCAGGAGAAAGGCAAGAGAGAAGCAGCAGUAGAGAGAGAGAGAGAACAAGUAAACUCUCACACCAAAGAAGUGCCGGAUUUUUGUCAGACUACUCCCUUCCUCUCCUCUCUUCUGUAUCCCAUACAGCCUCUCCUCUCCUCCCCUUCUCCUGCAGGUUUUCGUUUCGCCUCCCCCCACCUCGCGCCGUCUACUUGUGCUAGAAUUCCGACUCCAUCCGCCAUUACUCCCCGAAUCGGCCUCCGGGGCAAUCAAUCUUCGGUUUCUUGGCCGAAACCCUGGCUGUGGAAGAUGGAUGGUGUUGACAAGGAUAAAGGGAAUGGGAAGGUGCAUUUCAGGGAUUCCUCUCCCCAGGAAGCUUUCCGAACCUACAAGAGGCGCCGGCAGCCACGGCCGGAGCCGCAACAGCAACCGCAGCCGCAGCCGCAGUCAGAGCCGGAACCACAGCAACAGCCACAGCCACAGCCACAGCCACAGCCACAGCCAGAGGCAGAGGCAGAGGCAGAGGCAGAGGCCAAGGCUGCAGAUGUUCUGGCACGGCAGGUGACUGAAACAUUUUGGAAAAGUAGGGACAUUGGAUGGAAGCAUGGCAUAAUGAUCGACGAGAACAGACAACACUGGAAGUGCAUGUAUUGUCACCUGACUAGAUAUGGUGGUGGUGUCUCUAGACUUAAGCGGCAUCUUGCUGGUGAUCUGGAUGUCAAAAUGUGCCCAAAAGUUCCAGCUGACGUCUCUGAAAAAAUAAGGGAGCAUUUGCGGAAGAAAAGAGAAAGGCGAAAGAAGCGAGCUGCACAAAAUCGUGAUAACUGUGUGACGGCUAAGAGCACCUCUGAUGAUAUCAAGUCUGGCAAAGAUCCUUUACCCGUUGAUUCAGAGGUGCUGACUGGAGUAGACACUGUUCUUGAAGAAGUUACUAACCAAACGAACCAUGAUAAUCAGGAUCUUACUUAUCCCAAGGCUACCAUGUUGUUACGAGGGAUAAGAGAUAUUGGGUGGGAGCAUGCAGUGGAUCUUGAUGGAAAUAAAAGACGAUGGAAGUGCAAGUGGUGUUCUUUAUGUCGAAGUGGUGGUGUAACUACAUUGAAGGCUCAUCUUACUGAUAGUAGUUGCCCAAAUAUUCCUAAGGAAAUAUCAAAAAAAGUGUUGAACUUUAUUGAAGAGAAAAGGGCAGCACGCCAUCUUUUUAAUAGCGCUGCAAAAUCUCCUUUCAAUGUCAAAUUUGACGAGGAUGCAGUUAAUCUCUCAGAAAUACAGGUGGAAGGUACUCCACCAUUGACAGAUGAUCGACAACCUUUAGGAAAUUCCUUGCAUAUACAAACAUCAGAGUGCACCAUUAAUGAGUUUGAAAAGGUGGCAGCUGGAAGCAACCAACAGGGUGCAGAACAUAGCAACCAACUACUUAACCAUGGUGAACAGCUGAUGAAAAGCAGCGAUCAACCUGAGGAGCACUGCACCUUGGAACAUGGAAGGUGCCAAGUACUUGACAAUAAUAAGCAGCAGACUAUGGACAAUAAAACUGAUAAUCCGGAACACAAAGAGGUCUUGAAACACCCUAAAAAAACUAGGUUUAACAUAAGGAAGCAUAUAGUUAUCGUUGAUGAAUCUGCAAGGCAUUGGAGGUGUAGAUAUUGUGGUUUGGAUGGGUAUGGCAAAACGUCUAGGCUCCAUUUUCAUCUUGCUGCUGUGUUUCGACAUCCUAAGUGCCCAAGUGUUCCAAAAGAAGUUUUUGCAAAGGCACGGCAUCAUAUUCACUUAAAGAGAAGGCUCAAUGUGAAAAAGGCUGGGCAACAAGCUCGUUCAAGGCCACAUAUUCUUGGGCAAUCGAGUCAGCAACAGCAGAACAACAAUCCGGUACCAGAGAAUCCUCCUCUACCAUCUAGUAAUAAUGAUUGCAGUGGGGUACUUUCCAAUUACCCAACAAGAUUGAGGGACAAUGCAUGGGAACAUUCGCUUAUUCAUGACAAAGAGAAGGGCCAUUGGAAGUGCAAGUGGUGCAGUUUAGAGGGUUAUCAUGGCAUAACUAGAUUGAAGUGGCAUCUUGUUGGGUGGCAGAAUCGUCCUCAAUGCCUAAAUGUUCCAGAAGAUGUUGCUAAAACUAUUCGGGAUAAAAUGAUAUCAAGAGAGAAGCAGAAAGAAGGAAGAUUGAAUCUUGAUGUUAUUGACAGUUGCAACAUGCCAUGCUCUUCUGAGAGUUUACAGUUUGAUCAAGAGAAUUUUGCUGAGGUAAUGCAGGGAAAAGGUUCUUCUGAAGAUUUUAAUCAAGCUGAAAGACAAUCAAACACAUUGAACACAGUAUGCAAUACCACUCAUCCUCCACAGAACAGCAACAAUUAUCAGGGACUUCAAGAAAAUGGAUUAUAUAGUAGCAAAAACAAAUCUGAGAAGCAAACUGAAAGAUAUGACUGUUGGAGUCACUGGCGAUAUGUUUUAGAUGGACUGAUGCAUUUGCCAGGUGCACUAGAGGGUCCUGGCAUUCAGAGUUGCAUCCGUGAUGUACUUCUUUACGGUUCUGCUGAAUUUGGAACUGUUGGGGACAAAGUGGAAAUGGAUUCCAACAGAAAAGUGUCAAGUGAUGGGAAUAUUGCUAAGUGUCAGAGUGUUCUUGUGGAUGUUUUAAAGUCAGAGAAUUUUGCCUUAUUGUGCAAUGUGCUUGGCAGAACUGUCCAUCAAGAUGAGCAAAGGACUAAGUAUUUUGAUUUUACCAUGAUUGACUCAAGGAUGAAAAAUGGAGAUUAUGGCCGUGCACCAUUAUUAUUCAAACAUGAUUUGAAAAUGUUAUGGGAAGAUCUUAAAAUGGCUGGUCAAGAUAUCAUUGACCUAGCAAAUAAUCUUUCAAGCCUCACAGAAACGUCCUACACAAAGCAGGUUGAAAGAGAGAGGGGAUCAGAUGAUAGUGAAGAGAAUCUGAAGGGAGCUGCGGCGACCAAUUUGGAACCCAUGAACAUGGUCAAGUCAAAUGCAUUGGUACUUUCAACCUCACAAGGCUUCAACCAGUUGGAUCAACCAGAUCCAAUGGAUGUUUGCGAUGAACAAAACGGUACUAACUGCAAUGAAUGUGGCAAGGUAGCGAAAAUUGAUAGCAUCCUCACAUGCAAGAGAUGCAUGCUAGCAUUCCACGUCUCAUGCAUUGAACCUCCUGUGCCAUCCACUUCAACUGGAAGCUGGUGUUGUAAAACCUGCAGCACCAUCUGUAACGAAUCAGCUGAAGUUGGCAUGGCCUUGGUCCAUUAUGAACCAAAUCGUUUGCACGGACAUUGCGUCGCAUGCAAGGACCUUGAGUUUUGCAGGCCUCCAAGGUGUGAGGAAACUGCCAGUGAAAGGGCACCUGCUGAUAACUCCAGAGCAAUUGUGAUUCCCAGUGCAGAGCCUGUUGAGGAUGUGGAAUUGUCAGAUAUUGAUGUCAGGGGCUUAUGCAAGAUGUGUGGAAAUCCCGAGGAGAAGGACAAGAGAUUCUUGGUAUGUGGUCACACCCAUUGUCUAUAUAAGUACUACCACAUUUCUUGCCUGAAGGCUACACAGAUCGCUAGUGACAAGCAGCUGGACAAGCCCUGCUGGUACUGCCCAUCGUGCCUUUGCCGAGUUUGCCAUUCUGACAGAGAUGAUGACCUGACCAUUCUGUGUGACGGCUGUGAUGAAGCUUAUCAUCUCUACUGCAUAACACCCCGUCGAACUUCAAUACCCAAGGGGAAAUGGUACUGCUCAUCAUGUGCGAUAGAGAGAGCAAAGGAGGGGAUGGCGCGGCAUGAGAAAAGGAUGCUGAAACUCCAUAGGAAGGAUGAUCCUGGGCUGCAAGGCAUGAGAUAUGAAAUGGUGGACAUGAUACUCGCUGCUGCGGAGAUGCUUAGCGAUGAUGAGCAGCAGGGGACCUGAAUCACCUUUUCUUUUUUCCUGAUCAAACAGAAUCAUUUAGGAAGUUGAACCUGUCAUCUUUUUUUUUUUUGCUUCACCUCAUUUAGGUUAUACCUAAUUAAAGUUAAACAACUUGUCGUCGUCGGAAGUUUAAGGGAUCGAGUUAAGUACUCAGGUGGUUGAAUAUUGGUUUUGUCUGGGGAACAGUGGUAGCGAAAUGUCGCUAUAUUGUGUACCUGUGGGUGCAAUUUUGUGAACAGGCUCCAAUUGAAGUGAAAAAUGCUGAAGAAUUUCACCAGGUCGUUCUCAUGCGUCGUUUAAUGUUUAA